CGGCGGUGAGCGGAGCGAGGCGGAGGGGGGGGUGCCAUGGCGGGACAGCAGUUCCAGUACGAUGACAGCGGGAACACCUUCUUCUACUUCCUCACCUCCUUCGUGGGGCUCAUCGUGAUCCCGGCCACCUACUACCUCUGGCCCCGGGACCAGAACGCCGAGCAAAUUCGAUUAAAGAAUAUCAGAAAAGUAUAUGGAAGAUGUAUGUGGUAUCGUUUACGGUUAUUAAAACCCCAGCCAAAUAUAAUUCCUACAGUAAAGAAAAUAGUUCUGCUUGCAGGAUGGGCAUUGUUCUUAUUUCUUGCAUACAAAGUUUCCAAAACAGACCGAGAAUACCAAGAAUACAAUCCUUAUGAAGUAUUAAAUUUGGAUCCUGGGGCAACAGUAGCAGAAAUUAAGAAACAAUAUCGUUUGCUGUCACUUAAAUAUCAUCCAGAUAAAGGAGGUGAUGAAGUUAUGUUCAUGAGGAUAGCAAAAGCUUAUGCAGCUUUAACUGAUGAAGAGUCCCGGAAAAAUUGGGAAGAGUUUGGAAAUCCAGACGGCCCUCAAGCCACAAGCUUUGGAAUUGCCUUGCCAGCUUGGAUAGUUGACCAGAAAAACUCAAUUUUGGUUUUACUUGUAUAUGGAUUGGCAUUCAUGGUUAUCCUUCCAGUUGUUGUAGGCUCUUGGUGGUAUCGCUCAAUACGCUAUAGUGGAGACCAGAUUCUAAUACGCACAACACAGAUUUAUACAUAUUUUGUUUAUAAAACCCGAAAUAUGGAUAUGAAACGUCUUAUCAUGGUUUUGGCUGGAGCCUCUGAAUUUGAUCCUCAGUAUAACAAAGAUGCCACAAGCAGACCAACAGAUAAUAUUCUGAUACCUCAGCUAAUCAGAGAAAUUGGCAGCAUUAAUCUAAAGAAGAAUGAGCCUCCACUUACCUGUCCGUAUAGCCUGAAAGCCAGAGUUCUUUUACUGUCUCAUCUUGCUAGAAUGAAGAUUCCUGAGACCCUUGAAGAAGAUCAGCAAUUUAUGUUGAAAAAGUGCCCUGCCCUACUUCAAGAAAUGGUUAAUGUAAUCUGCCAACUAAUAAUAAUGGCUCGGAGCCGUGAAGAAAGGGAGUUUCGUGCUCCAACUUUGGCAUCCCUAGAAAACUGCAUGAAGCUUUCCCAGAUGGCUGUGCAGGGCCUUCAGCAGUUUAAGUCUCCCCUUCUGCAGCUCCCUCACAUUGAAGAGGACAAUCUUAGGAGGGUUUCUAAUCAUAAAAAGUACAAAAUUAAGACUAUUCAGGAUUUGGUGAGUUUAAAAGAAUCAGAUCGUCGCAGUCUACUGCACUUCCUUGAAGAUGAAAAAUAUGAAGAGGUUAUGGCUGUCCUUGGGAGUUUCCCAUAUGUGACUAUGGAUAUAAAAUCACAGGUAUUGGAUGAUGAAGAUAGCAACAACAUCACAGUAGGAUCCCUAGUUACAGUGUUGGUUAAAUUGACAAGGCAAACAAUGGCAGAAGUAUUUGAAAAGGAACAGUCAAUCUGUGCUGCAGAGGAACAGCCAGCAGAAGAUGGGCAGGGUGAUACUAAUAAGAACAGAACAAAAGGAGGAUGGCAACAGAAGAGCAAAGGACCCAAGAAAACUGCUAAAUCAAAAAAAAAGAAGCCUUUAAAAAAAAAACCUACACCUGUGCCCUUACCACAGUCAAAGCAGCAGAAACAAAAGCAGGCAAAUGGAAUUGUUGGGAGUGAAGCUGCGGUAAAGGAAGAUGAAGAAGAAGUUUCUGACAAAGGCAGUGAUUCUGAAGAAGAAGAAACCAAUAGAGAAUCCCAAAGUGAAAAAGAUGAUGGUAGUGACAGAGACUCUGAUAGAGAGCAAGAUGAAAAACAGAACAAAGAUGAUGAAGCAGAGUGGCAAGAAUUACAACAAAGUAUACAGCGGAAGGAGAGAGCUCUACUGGAAACCAAAUCAAAGAUAACACAUCCUGUUUAUAGUCUUUACUUUCCUGAGGAAAAACAAGAAUGGUGGUGGCUUUAUAUUGCAGAUAGGAAGGAACAGACAUUAAUAUCUAUGCCAUAUCAUGUGUGUACACUAAAAGAUACAGAAGAGGUAGAACUGAAGUUUCCUGCACCAGGCAAGCCUGGGAAUUAUCAAUAUACAGUGUUUCUGAGAUCAGACUCCUAUAUGGGUUUGGAUCAAAUUAAACCCUUGAAGUUGGAAGUUCAUGAGGCUAAGCCUGUACCAGAAAAUCACCCACAGUGGGAUACAGCAAUAGAGGGGGAUGAAGACCAGGAGGACAGCGAAGGCUUUGAAGAUAGCUUUGAGGAGGAGGAAGAAGAGGAGGAAGAUGAUGACUAAGCAGUACUAUGAACGGACCACAGUAUUUGCAAAUGUUUGCUGUUUUGGAAGUGUAUAAUAAACCGGAAACAGUGCGGAACUGAUGUUGAGGGAGGUGUUAGUGCUUUACUAGAAAUGGGUGCAUAAUAUAACUAGGCAGUGUUGAUGCCUUGGUACAGUCUGAAAAACACUUAAGGCUUGUUAAAGCCUUUCAAGUAUGGGAUGGUGCAUUUAUUUCAUGGGCAAAUGAUAAUAAACCCUUUGUUAUAACUGUCCAGAAGUGUGGGCUAUGUAUUAUCUGAUCAGUUUAUGGUCCCAGUAAAAGUAAAGGUACAUAAAAACCAAUCUAUAAAUGAGCAAUUUUUCUUUGUUUAGCUUUAGUUUUCAGCAAACAUUGAAGUAUGAUAAACACCACACAUGUUUUAAGUAACAUCUGCUCAAGUUUUAAUCUUUUGAUAAGCUCUGCCAUUCAUUUAUUGACAUUUUGCAGUGAUACAAGACUAUUUAUAACAGUUCCAUUCAUAGCUUUGAAAUUUUUAUUUUUACCUGUCUUGAUCAUAAGUUGACAUUCUAUCACAUUCCACAUAAUAUAGAGGGCUACAUUUGAGGAUGUUCCUUUUCUUAAUUGCCCAGAGUUAUCAGACAGAUUAUAAAAAUGGCUUUUAAUGGCUUAAAACAUUUUUAAGCCUCUAUUUAGCAGAUCAGUGCAGGAUCUAAUUCUUUUUAUAAGCUAUAGGUCUAAAAAUGAUUGUGGGACCAUGUGUUCUCUGAUGUUGGUGACUCAUGUUAUUAAACCUUUUUUAAAAGGUUCACUAUAAAAGCUGAAGUACAUUCUUAGCUUUUAAAAUCUACCUGACUCAGAAGCCUUUUAAGGAAAAAAAUACAUAACAUGCAAAGGAGGCAUUCUUUUGUAUUCAUUUUGGACUCCUGUCAAUAAAAUAGAAGUUUGACUCAU